AUGUCCACAGGCGCAUCCGGCUCCGACGAGAAGAUUUCCGCGACCAAGAUCGCACCCCUGGAUUCCGGGGUCAAGACCAACACAACGCAUGACCUGAGCUCCCGCGGCUCGGCGGGCACAGACAGGAACAUUGAUCAAACGCGUAUCGAUCCGCUGGGCGGCAAAGGGCAGAAUCAACACACAUUACCACACACCGACGCGCAGGGAAGUGUCGGCCGAGACGAGACCAUUCAAGGCGCAAAGAUCGAACCGCUGGCCGGCAAACAAAAUGAGGCGACGCGAAAAGACCAAGACACGGACGAGGAAAACGUUGACAGCACCAGGAUCCCGCCGUUAGGUGCUGUUAGGGAAAAGACACCACCGCCGUAG